UUUUCCACACCACGUAUAAGGAUAGCCAAGAAUGGAGAACACCGCCGCCGAGUCGACUCCGUCUGCGGAGGAGGUUUCCGCAUUGCACUCCAACAUCAAGACCAAGGGCACCAACAGCUAUUAUUACGCGCACAAGAAGCGUGAGAACGUGGAGAUCCACGAGUGGGAUGGCAAGGCCGCACCUCGCCUGCUCAAGACGCAGUCGCUAGCCGAAGCUCAACCCGCCGAGGUGACGGAAGCUAUCACUAACUACGCAUGGGCUGACGGUAAUAAGCGCGUGUCUCUGUACCUGAAGCUUCCGGGUAUUGGUGCGCACAAGGAGGAGGACACGCUCAUUGACUGGACGGCCACGAGUCUUACGGUCAAGAUCAAGAACUACGAAGGCAAGACACGUCUCCUCGUAAUGUCCAAGCUCUACGAUGAGAUCUCGGAUAUCAAGACCAAACGCAAGGAGGAUCAGCUCGUGCUGCAGCUCGUCAAGGCUAAGGAGUUCAGCUGGCACUCGCUCAAGAAGGACGCGUAGACGUCGUUUGGGAGGCUCUUGGAUCCGCCCACUAUAGGAAACAAAGAGAAGGGUACGGCAAUGUAAUUAGAACAGACGAUGAGUGGAGAUGGAGGCGACAGGGCGGCAGCAGACACACACAGUAAUCUGGAAACACGUACUCAGUUUUAUCUAUCUCAGCGUUGGUUUUUCUAACUUAACUGGUGGCAGUUGUCUUGCAUGUACAUAUUAAUCAUAUCGCACGUCG